CUUCGUAAUGUCUCUAUGAUUAGAUAUUAUAAGUACUUUUGGAGUCUUACAAAUUCAUGGGAUAAUAGCCUCUCAUAAUCAUUUUAUGAACAGACCUCUCUUGGGACAAAAUGAAGUAUCUUCUGUUGACCCUCUUUGUAUAUGGAGUCUGCACAUUGUUUUCUACAUCAGCAACAACAUGUAACGACAGAUAUGUAAAAUGCAAGGAUGGUAUUGAAUGUGUGUAUCACAAGUUCCUGUGUGAUGGAGGCUAUGAUUGCGGUGAUAAAUCUGAUGAAGAUGAUUGCAAAGUAACCAAAUGUACUGGAGGAUUUGUAAAAUGCAAAGAUGGUAUUCAAUGCGUGUUUCACAGGUUUGUGUGUGAUGGAGACUAUGAUUGCCGUGAUCGGUCUGAUGAGGAUGAUUGCAAAGAAACUAAAAGAUCUUUUAGUGAUUUCUUGGAUUAUCGCAAAAUGGAACGAAGAUUACAAAAUUGAAGAUUGAGACAAUUGGAUGCUGCAAGCUUUAACUUCUGCAAAUUAUUGAUAUUAUACCUAUUAAAUAGAAAAAAAAACCAAUAUUAUUCUUAGAAUUCAUUGAACUUAGUAUGUUAAAUAUAUUGAAUAAGUAGCAGUAUUUCUUAAAAAAGAUAAAAAUCAACGUAUAAUUUAAUAAAUAUAUGUAUCUGGUGAAUAAACGUGUUACUUAAUUUG